AUGCCUCGGUUGGCGGCACCACCUCUGCCGGUUCCCUCCCACAACCUGCUUCGAUUCCUGCGCUCCCAGACCGACGGCCUGCUCAGCUUCGAUGUAGCCAGUGCGACCACCUGCAGGACCUCGAGGGUCGUGCCCACCGCUCACGGCCCCCUUGGUCCGCGCGCGUUGACAUGCAAGGCCAAGACGCUGGCUCUGCCACCGGGACGUCGCUCGUUCUGUACAUCCAACCUGCGACCUCAGCGGACGGAGGGGGACGGCAGCAGGAACUUCAUCUUCGACAUGAACAAGAUCCUGCCUCGGGUGUUUCGCAGACAGAGGGGCUCCACGUCCAGGAGUACACCGGGGGGUCAACAUCCGGACGAAGACCGGCCAAAUGCGUACCCCAGAGCCACCAAGCCGACAUGGCAGGAGAAGCUAGGUUGGGGAGGGGGCAAACCGUUGGGAGGCGACAUGGGAGGUCCCGGCAGCAGCGACGACUGCGGGCCAGACAACAACUUCACUUUUGGAUCCAGACGGGCGCAGCUCAUGCGCGCUCCCAUGGACCCAAGACUACGGUGCACCGAAGUCGACGAGAACGGCGAGGUCAUAUUAGUCGACGGGGAGUACAAGAAGAGCGAGCUGAUUGCAAAGUACGGUCUGCUCCCUCGAGAUCUCCGCAAGAUCGACUCGUCAAACCUGCCGCACAUCCUCGUCCGCCCCUCAGCUAUUCUUAUCAACUUACUGCAUCUCCGUGUGCUCAUCAAAUCCGACCGAGUGCUUCUCUUCGACGUGUUUGGCUCAAAGACGUCGUACAACCAAUCAGCCUUCAUGUAUGACCUGCAAGGCCGUUUACGGCAGAAACAGCCAGCGGGAAGUAACGCGGUGCUCCCGUACGAGUUCCGUGCUCUCGAAGCCGUCCUGAUCUCGGUCACCAGCGCCCUCGAGGCCGAUCUCCUCACGGUGCGAGAGCCCGUGGUCAGGGUGCUGCGGGAGCUCGAAGACGACAUCAACCGUGAUAGGCUGCGCAUCCUGCUUGUUCUGUCAAAGAAGGUCAGCACUUUUGAGCAAAAGGCCAAGCUGGUGCGAGAUGCCAUCGAUGAGCUUCUCGAAGCCGACGAUGACCUUGCAGCCAUGUAUUUGACGGAGAAGAGGCACGACCUGUACAGGGGUGAGGAUGACCACACCGAGGUUGAGAUGCUGCUCGAGUCGUACCACAAAAUCUGUGACGAAGUGGUUCAGGAGGCGAGCAGUUUGGUUUCCAGCAUCCGCAACACGGAGGAAAUUAUUCGUGCUAUUCUUGACGCCAAUCGUAACUCCCUCAUGCUUCUGGAUCUCAAAUUCAGCAUCGGCACCCUCGGCUUGGCCAUGGGCACCUUCCUGGCUGGCCUGUACGGUAUGAACUUGGAGAACUUCAUCGAAGAGACCAACUGGGGCUUCGCCGGCGUCACCACCUUCUCCAUCUUCUUCUCUCUUCUCGUCUGCAGGUAUGGCCUUGUCAAGCUGCGCAAGGUCCAGCGCGUCAAGAUGCACGGCACCGACGGCGGCACCACUUCCUCGUGGUUCCGGGAAAACGUCCAGACUAUCGAGCAAGGCAACGCGCCAGGUCUUGGUGGGAGCAUGGGAUCUAUCGAUAAGUUCCGGAGGAUCAAAACUAAAACCAACAACACCUCUUCCAACCCCGGAAAAUGGAUGUAA